AUGCCUAUUGCCUAGCUGCCAGAUUAACCUUGUCUUGGAAAUAACGUGAUUGCCCCGUAGGCUAUUCAGUGUAAGGAAGACAGAAUUCCUUGGGAACCUACCUAGUGGGUUUACCUUCCACAUUUGGUAGAGGCAAAAAGCAAAGGGGAACAUGGGCAAAGGAAGGUUUGAUGAAAAAGAAAAUGUGUCCAACUGCAUCCAGCUGAAAACAUCUGUUAUUAAGGGUAUUAAGAACCAGUUGAUAGAGCAAUUUCCAGGUAUUGAACCAUGGCUUAAUCAAAUCAUGCCUAAGAAAGAUCCUGUCAAAAUAGUGCGAUGCCAUGAACAUAUAGAAAUCCUUACAGUAAACGGAGAAUUACUAUUUUUUAGACAAAGAGAAGGACCUUUUUAUCCAACCCUAAGGUUACUUCACAAAUAUCCUUUUAUUCUGCCACACCAGCAGGUUGAUAAAGGAGCCAUCAAAUUUGUACUCAGUGGAGCAAAUAUCAUGUGUCCAGGCUUAACUUCUCCUGGAGCUAAGCUUUACCCUGCUGCAGUAGAUACCAUUGUUGCAAUCAUGGCAGAAGGAAAACAGCAUGCUCUAUGUGUUGGAGUCAUGAAGAUGUCUGCAGAAGAUAUCGAGAAAGUCAACAAAGGAAUUGGCAUUGAAAAUAUCCAUUAUUUAAAUGAUGGGCUGUGGCAUAUGAAGACAUAUAAGUGAUCCUCAGAAGGAAUGCACUUGGGCUAAAUAUGGAUAUUGUGCUGUAUCUGUGUUUGUGUCUGUGUGUGACAGCAUGAAGACAAUGCCUCUGUGGUUAUGCUGAAUAAAUUCUACAGAUGCUAAAAUUCUGUUAGCUUCAGAAAUUAUUUUAAUUUUUCUUAAACUCAGAAUUGGGUAGCACACUUGGACAUUAAAGGGUAUUUGGUAACUAACUAAACAGACAACUUAAUGUCCUAUAAGGUUAAUGAUAGAAGAUGAAUUGGUAACUGAACUUGCCAGUUUAUGGUGACCCCCAAAUAAUUUGUCAAGUUAAUGGGGCUAAAAGCCAGACUGGGAAUUUUAUACUGUUAUCCCAGGUCACCCAGCAGUACUUUUGUGUCUGUGUGUGUAUUCCUGUGUGUGUUUGUUUGUUGUUGUUUAAAUUUUCAUUAUGGAAAGUUCCUAACAUAUUCAAAAGCAUGGGAAAUAGUAUAAUGGGCCCUUUUUAUCCAUCACCCAGCUUUAAUUUUUGGCCAUCAAUAACUACAUUAAUAUGUAUCUUUAAAAGAUAAAAAUAACCAUAAUAGCAUGAUCCCACCUAAAAAAUUUUAACUAUUUCCUAAUAUGAUCAUCUAAACUAUUCAAAUUCCCUCAGUUGUCUCUCUUUAAAUUUUAUUAGUUGUUGGUUUGCUUGAAGUAGGUAACAGAUAAGAUGUGUAUGUUGCAUAUCGUUGUUGUAAAUUCCUCUCCUUUUAUCCUUUAAAUUACAUCUCAGCUUUUUGUUUGUUUGGUUGGUUUAUAGUGCUAGGGAUCAAACCCAAAGGCCUUGCACAUGCUAGGCAAGUGCUCUAUUGCUGAGCUCUGUUCCCAGCCCUAUCCAUUGAAGUAAUUAUUUAAGAAGUGUAGUUCAUUUGUAAAGUUUUCCCAUACAUUCUGGAUUUUGUAGCACUAUGAAGUCAUAUAACAUAAGUUUUAUGUCCCCUAUGUAUCCUAUGUACACAUUGAAGGCUGAAUCAGAUUAAGGUUCAAUUAUUUUAGUGCCUUAAGUAAAAUCAUACCAAAGGACACUCACAACUUCCACAUUCGGGUCCCCACCUUAUUCCCCAAAGACUAUGAAUCUCCUUUCCUAAGGGCCAUGGAUCUACUUUAAUAAGAAUAGUAAUUUGUUUUGAGAGCUUAAAAAGCAGCUGUGAAUUUGUUUAGUGAUAAAGGCCUUUCCUCCUCAUAACCUUGCUAUUAUAUUAGUGUCUCAGCCAUCUGCAUUUGGUUGUUUACCAAUAGAUGACAUGUGAUUUUAUUUUUCAGAUGGAUACAGACAUUUACAAGAUUUUGGUGAAUCGUGUUACAGUUAGAAGUUGGUGAGAAAGGUGAGGGUGGAUAGUAAAAAGAGAGAGAUUAUUCUGCUGGCUGUUCCAGCUCAGCCUCUCUGGGUCUCACAUAGGUGAAUAUAGAUCCAGAGUCUGACCCUCAGAUUAAGAAAUCAUUUCUCACUGAUGAAACUUGUAAGACUUGGAGAUUUCCCAGGUAGAAUGUAAAUGUAUUGAUUUAUAGCAAUAGGUCUACCUAGGGUAAACAGUAGUAACUAGAACAUUUCUUGGUAAACAUGGAAAAAGUAAACAAAGGUUGAUAACUUGGGAUAAUAUUUCAUCUGGGCUGGUUUAAGUUUUGGAGAAUUUUUCCUGCUUCAUUAUUACUUAGAAUGCUUAUCUGCUAAAGUCUCAUCUUUUCUAAGAUAUUUCUGUAAAAAUGCCCUGAUAUUUUACUUCCUGUAUCCUUUUCAAGUUCUAUGUAUAAUAUUUUCCUUUUGGUAUACCAGUUAUAUUCUUGAACUUAGCAUAUUGUUUUGGUUUAUUAUUCCUGGUAUAUAAAAGUAUAAAUAGUCUCAUCAGUAAUAUAGUUAGAAAUCAUCUCUCAGGAGAGGUGUCUUCAUCAGAUAUAUGCCAGCUUACUGGUUUCAGAAUCUGUUGUCUCCCCAUUUGGGGGAGGAAACACACUAUUUGAGAUCUGUAGCUUAUAUUCCUAAAAAGAAUAUAUGUAUCAUUUGUAUCAAAGCCAAGUUUUGAACUUGUAUCUUUUUGCAGUGCUGAGGAUCGAAUCCAGGGCCUCAUAUAUGCCAGGCAGGCACUCUACCACUGAGUACAACUCCAGCCCUGAACUUUUGUUUUUGAUGCUUAGAUAACAUUAAUUGGCCAAGAUUACCUGUGAAGAGUUAGCAAUGAAAAACAAAGUACACACAAACACAUAUUGGAGAAGUUACAACUUUUUAUUGCCUGGUUUUUGAAAUGAUUUAUCCUUGUAUCUAACCAUUAGUACAGUGAGGUAUAGAGAACACUUUUUAAAUAUUCAACAUCAACAUCUGUGCUUGUUUUUCUACUAUGCUGAGGUACACUGAAUAUGUUGCCUUGGUGAUGUGUACUAAAUAUGUAUGUUCCCUACCUCCCCUGGGUCUGAGUCCUCAGCUCAUCCAUUUGUUUUAAUCAGGGUUAUCACUCUAAAUGUACAGGCUUUUUCAGCUUCUCAACAUUAGGUCAUGCAUGGAAGCCGAUUCAGAGAGGUUAAACUAGCAGGUAUAUCAGCCUCUUUAGAUACUGUGGUUGAAGGAAACUUGUUUACCCAUAUCCCCAAGAGUAGGAAUACAGGGAGAGCCUGUUUUCUCUCAAGCAAUGUGUUUCCAGUUCAUUUUAAGUUUCAAAAUUAAUUUUGUGUCAAACCACUUUACCAGCUAGCCAUGCCUAUGUAUUUUAAUCACUUUUACUUAGCCAAUGUCAAUUUAGCUCAGUGGGUAUUUAUUAUCUACUAGAUUUUAGGUGAUGUGGCACAAAGAUGAAUAAUACACUAGUAGCUGCCCUUAAGAAGCUUCCAGUCUAGUUAGUAAAGAAAAUUUAAGCUGUGCACGGUGGCUGGGAGGUUGAGCAAGUUCAAAGCCAGCCUCAGCAAUUUAGCAAGGCCCUGAGUAACUUAGGGAGACCCUGUCUAAAAAUAA